CACACGCACACACGCGCACGCACACACACGCGCACGCUCGUGCCGACUGUUGCAGUGGAGUGGAGUGCAGUGUUCAGACACACGAGCGUUAGUCGGUGCUGUUAGUAUGGCUGGAGAGGGACGUUAUUGUGAAUAGGGCUAAUUGGCGAGCUUUCAGACAGUAAGGUGUUGAAACACCCUGCUGCAUCUGAUACUUGUGGUAUUUUUAGGCUUACAUUCUACAUUCUUACGUUCUACAUGUGAUUUUGUUUAGGCUACACAGAAUUUUAUUUAUCUUCGUGGAUUUUGGAGAUUUGUUGAUUUCCAAAUCUCUUCAAAGAUGCUGCUGUCCAAAUUUGGAUCUUUUUCUCACAUUUGCGCCACGACUAACAUUGAGCACUUGCCAGUGAAAAUUCAGCUCCAGUCAGCUAAAGUGGAGAAGGAGCCGUUUGAUAAGGUGUACCAUGUGGGCUCGGUGCUGGGAAGCGGCGGGUUCGGGACUGUGUACGCCGCGAGCCGCAUCUCAGACGGUUUACCGGUCGCUGUUAAACACGUGGCCAGGGAAAGAAUUACUGAAUGGGGCACAAUUAACGGUUCGCUGGUUCCGCUGGAGAUUCUCCUGAUGAAGAAAGUGGGAAAUACAUUUCAGGGUGUGAUUAAACUGCUCGACUGGUACGAGAGGCCUGACGGGUUUCUGAUCAUCAUGGAGCGGCCGGAGAUGGUGAAGGACUUAUUUGACUACAUCACUGAGAAGGGCGCACUGGAUGAGGACACGGCCAGGGGCUUUUUCCGCCAGGUCCUGGAGGCUGUGCGACACUGCUACAGCUGCGGAGUAAUCCACAGGGACAUUAAAGACGAAAACCUGCUGGUCGAUUUACGCACAGGAGAUCUUAAACUCAUCGACUUUGGCUCAGGAGCCAUUCUCAAGGAUACUGUGUACACUGACUUCGAUGGUACAAGAGUCUACAGCCCACCAGAAUGGAUUCGCUACCACAGGUACCAUGGACGCUCUGCAACGGUGUGGUCACUUGGUGUGCUGCUGUAUGAUCUGGUUUGUGGAGACAUCCCAUUUGAGCAUGAUGAUGAGAUUUUGAAAGGUCAUCUCUUCUUCAGAAGGACAAUCUCCCCUGAGUGUCAACAACUCGUCAAGUGGUGUCUCUGCUUGAGACCAUCGGACAGACCUACAUUGGAACAAAUAUUCGAGCAUGAGUGGAUGCAUACAGAGAAAGACUCAAAACCUCUGACCAGGGAUAUCACUCUUCAUGCAAUCUGCACAGACUCCUCAUCCAGCACAAGCUCAAGCAAAGAAAGCCUCUGACAGCAACGGAUAUACUGACUCAUUUAUGACCCAAAAUUGUUUGGACUUGUCUUUAAAUUACUUUAAAUUAUUUUUCAGUCUUUUUUUGUUUCAAAUGAAUAUUUUUUUAACACUCAUGGGAAGUGCAAAUGCAGUGAUGCUAGCAACCCUAUGGCCAUACUCUUUGCUCUUAUAGAGCUUAUUCUUUAAAUUUAGUUUUAACUGUUACUAGUGCCUUUUUCUUCCCUAGAAAGCUGCUUGGUGGGACAGUAAAAACUUUUUUUUUUUUUGCUCCCUCGCCCCCUUGUGGUGGACUAUAUUCUCUCUCUCCACCCCCUUCUCACAUGCAUUAUAUACAGAUAAACCCUUUUACUACUCCACUACUCCAUCUCAGCUGUUGCCACAUAUUGGCUUUUGGAUGGUAGAUACUUUAGUGAAUUGCACAAUCAAUGCAAUAUUAAUAGAUUUUAAGUUUGAAUACAAGUAUUUAUUUAUAUUCACUCCCAUGUGUUAUUUAUUAAUACAAAGCAAACAUUCCACAUUCUGUGGCUAUUUAUUUAUUUAUUCAUUUUAUACCAUCAGCAAAAAGGAAAUAAUGCUAGAUUUGAUACCCUUGCCUUAUCCUGUAGUUGAAUCUAAAUACCUGCAAAUAAACUAUGCCUGUCUUAUACUGAUACACAUUUAAGUGGGAUGUGUUUAAGUGAUUGCAUUCUGAUGUACCUUGACUCUAGAAGCUGUCAUGUUUUCCAUGCUAGAUGAAAGUAACAUUCUAGUUCAUACUUCCACUGUGACUGUGGAUUUCUCCCUUUCUGCAUUGUGAAACAAUGCAGUGUUUAUUUUUUUAUAACAAUAAAUUCUUUAAUCUGAAA